CACGGUAUUUAACUCGUGUGACCAGAGUUGGAGCGUGUUGCAGCAGUCUUUCCCCCGGAGUGACGGAGCGAAGCAGACGUGCACUGCGCGCUGCUACAGAGAGACCCUAACCAUGGUGCUGCUCCACGUGUUGUUCGAGCACGCCUCGGGCUACGCGCUGUUCGCCGUCAGAGAGGUGGAGGAGAUCGGCAUGCUGCUGCCUCAGGUGGAGGAGAGCGUGCUGAGCCUCGGGAAGUUCAACAGCAUGGUGAGCUUGGCUGCCUUCUUCCCCUUCAAGUCGGCCCAGGGGGCUCUGGAGAACAUGAACGCCAUUUCUGAAGGUGUGGUUCACGCUGACCUGAAGUUGUUCCUGGAGACCAACCUUCCUCUUUCUGGGAAGAAGAAAGCGACGUUGGGGGUUUCAGAUGCCAAGAUUGGAGCCGCUUUACAAGAAGAGUUUAGCCUCUCCAUCCAGACUGGAGGGGUGGUGGCAGAGAUCGGCCGAGGUGUGCGUCUGCACUUCCACGCCCUCGUGAAGGGCCUGACUGCCCUGGCUGCCUCCAAGGCCCAGCUGGGUUUGGGCCACAGCUACUCCAGAGCUAAAGUAAAGUUCAACGUCAACCGCGUGGACAACAUGAUCAUACAGUCCAUCGCUCUGCUGGACCAGCUGGACAAGGACAUCAACACGUUCUCCAUGCGUGUCCGUGAAUGGUACGGCUACCACUUCCCAGAGCUGGUCAAGAUCGUGCCGGACAACUCUAUGUACUGCCGCAUGGCUCAGCUCAUCGGGAACAGGAAGGAGUUGUCAGAAGAGAGUUUGCCGAGUCUAGAAGAAGUGGUGAUGGACGGCGCCAAGGCUCAGGCCAUUCUGGAGGCCUCCCGUUCCUCCAUGGGUAUGGACAUCUCUCCCAUUGACCUGAUCAACAUAGAGAGGUUCUCCACUCGGGUGGUGUCUCUGGCCAGCUAUCGGCUGGAGCUGCAGGAGUACCUGCGCUCCAAGAUGAUCCAAGUGGCUCCAAAUCUAGCGGCCUUAAUUGGAGACGUGGUGGGAGCUCGUCUGAUCUCCCAUGCCGGCAGCCUGACCAACCUGGCCAAGUACCCGGCCUCCACAGUCCAGAUCCUGGGAGCAGAGAAGGCCCUGUUCAGAGCCCUGAAGACUAAAGGCAACACCCCCAAGUACGGGCUCAUCUUCCACUCCACCUUCAUUGGCCGCGCGGCCGCCAAGAACAAAGGCCGCAUCUCCAGAUAUCUGGCCAACAAGUGCACCAUCGCCUCCCGCAUCGACUGUUUCUCUGAGCUCCCCACAUGCGUCUACGGGGACAAGCUGCGUGAACAGGUAGAGGAGCGCCUGUCCUUCUAUGAAACUGGAGACGUGCCCCGGAAGAACGUGGACGUCAUGAAGGAGGCCAUGAAAGAGGCCACUGAUGUCGUAACUGAGCUCAAGAGAAAACUGGUGAAGAAGGAAAAGAAACGCAAGAAGCGUGAAAAGAAGCUGCAGGAUGAAAACGGCGACGCUGAGGCUGAGAAUGGAGACGCAGAAACCCCCGUCGGGAAGAAGAAGCCAGCGGCCGAGGAGAUGGAGGUAGAGGACACGCCAGCCAAGAAGAAGAAGAAACGCAGAUCUGAGACUGUGGAGGUUCCUGCAGAGGAAGUCGCUGCCACAGAUAACGGAGCAGAGGAAACUGAAACUCCUUCCAAGAAGAAGAAGAAACGCAAAUCUGAGACUGUGGCUGCAGAAGAGCUCCCAGAAACACCGGUGUCCAAGAAGAAGAAGAAAAAGUCCACAGAUUAGAGACUGUGGUCAAAGACUGAUCUUUAUAUUUUGUGUACAGCUUUAUUUUUUUUACUUAUCUGAAGGUUAUGUAAGCGGCUCUCUGUGUUUUGUUUUUCAACCUCUAAACUGGUUAGACUGCAAAGAAAUGCUUAACUGUGCCUUCAAAGUCGGUGAUUGUACUUCUGUAAAUAACUUGUCCAUUAAAUCACUGAACAUAA